UCUGGCCAACAGCUAGUUUCCUGACUGAACAUUUGUGUUACAAAAUGCAGUAUGGCUAGCUAGUUACCUGUAGCUAACGUUAUCGCUUUUAUUACGAAUGUCUUGAAAAACAAGAACUCCAAAUUAACUAGGUGGAAUUGAUCAUACUAUUGUAUCGUGUCAACGUAAAUAGCUAGCGUGUGGUCUUUACGUUGUUUUGAAAACAUAUGCUAGAGCAAAGUAAUACAGAGCUAAUGUAAAUUUUGCUAGUAAGUUAGCCUAUAUUUCAUUACUCUAUUAUAAAUAUCCAUUACCUAGCAAAUAAAUAUAGCUUUUAAGUUCGUCAACUUUAUUGGUAUUAAAAACAAGUUCGCUUGCUACUGCUAGCUAGCGUUGAAUCAGUCUUGCCGUUCUUUUAUUGUCAUGGCAACGUUCAAAAUGUUUCAAACCCUCAAGUAACGUUCACACACCCCUUCACAAGAUUUACCAAGCAAAACAAUUAGUUAACAUUAUCCAGAUAUCACAACAGCAGUAUUUGAUGCGUUUGUUCUUCAAUAACAGCUAACAAUGGAAUUUCUUCCUAUCCUUGAACCAGAAGACAAGCCUCGAGAUUCAGUUUGGUACGCUGUGGUGCCCCGAGGAGGGGGUCCUGGGGUUAGUGUGGGUCACACCUGCGCUUACAUUCCGGGCAAGGACUCCGGCAAAGGAAAGAUCCUCAUCGUCGGAGGUGCCAACCCCAAUGGCAGCUUCUCGGAGUCUCACGUCUUGGAUCUUGACCGGCACGAGUGGGACGUCCCAGAGUGGGGGGGCCUGCAGGCGCGGUACGAGCACUGCAGCUUCAGCCCGGAGAGCGCCCCCUGCAGCCUGUGGGUGUUCGCAGGGGCCCAGCAGAGCGGAAACCGCAGCUGCGUACAGGCCUUAAACAUGGAGGGCACUGGGUCAUGGAGGAGCGUGCAGGCCUCAGGCUCCCCGCCCUCAGCCAGAACAUACCACACCAACACUGCCUGUGUGGGGGACAGGCUGUUUGUCUUCUCCGGGGGAGACACGGGGGCCAUGCCUGUCUCUGACCUCCAGCUCCACGUCUUCGACUCAGUGUCCCUGACCUGGUCACAGCCCGAGACGCAGGGCAGACCUCCCUCUCCCAGGCACGGCCACGUGGUGGCAGCAGUGGGCUCCAGACUCUACGUCCACGGAGGGCUCGCAGGAGAAAAGUUCCACAGUGACAUGCACUGCCUGGACACCACGACGCUGAAGUGGGAACGGGUUCGAGCGAAGGGCGACGUCCCGCCAGGCGUGGCCGCCCACUCGGCCGUGACCCUCGGGAAGAGCAUCUACGUCUUCGGGGGGAUGACCCCCGACGGGGCGACCAACACCAUGUACAGAUUCCACACCGACCGACAGCGCUGGACCGUGCUGAAGUUCGAGGGAGACCUGCCCCCAAACAGAUUGGACCAUUCCAUGUGUGUGGUGCCGUGGAGGGUCAGAACGCAGGAGUGUGGAGUGGGAGACCAGGCCUCCGAACCUGAGACUAUCAACCUCUGUUUUAUCUUUGGGGGAAUGGACACCCAUGGCGUGAUUCACAGUGACUGUGUUGCAACUGUGUUGCCCUGAAUGGCGACCACAUGUGUUGCCCUGAAUGGCAACCACGUAUGUCCGCCGAUUGUCUGGAAAUGACGAGUACUGGUGUUUCUUAAAAUGUCUUAAAAUUAUUAUUUCUAAAAUUAAAGCCUAAAACAUA